AUGUCCAUAGGUGACAACACUCGGCUUCGCGCCUCGUGCGAGCGCUGUAGGGGCCAAAAGCUCCGGUGUCUUCCUACAUCUGACUCUACGCCGGGCGCACCUUGUCAACGAUGCAUCAAGGCCAAGACUGCAGAAUCCUGUGUCUUCAUUCCUCGCUCGCGCGCACCACGGCCCGCACGCUCAAGAGCAUCAUCCAGCGAUAUCUCAAGAUGCAAGGAUUCGACCACAGAAACGGCACUUCCUGGAACGAGUGUGUUCGCAUUGACGCCGAACCCCAGCCCAGAUUGUUUUGAGGCUUAUCAAUCAUUCACAUCAACACCUACUCACGGGACAGCGCAGUUGUUCAACUCGGACGAAGCAUACGCCGCGCCACCAGGCUCCACCGAUCUUGUGUCAACAUAUUGGGAAGCUAAUUUAGGAGGUCUAUUGGCACAAGACUCCUGGAAUGAGUCAAUGCUUAUGGACAGCGACCCUUCAUCGUUAGAAUGUUCCCAGCCAGCCGAAUCUCCUAUUGAAGACCCUGCGAGGGCAGAGACAAGCGACUCUGUUGGUUCUCCGCCGAAAUCAUGGCCAUUGGACGGGAACUCAAUUGAUCUGGAAUCUACAACCGACAAUGAGCAACAAGACGGAAGCGUGGAUCCUCUUCUGCAUCUCACCAACCUUCUUGCCGAGAUGUACCGAUACGAGCAGCAACUUGCACGACUCCCAGUAAAGGAUGCGCUGGAAUACCCCGUUGGUGAUGCUCUGUACUUCUCUCAGCUGUUCCGAAGUAUCCUUUUGCCCACGGGAAUACUAUCUCAAGAAAGUGCUAUAUCCGCACUAAGCACUCCAACGAUUCUGCUAGUCCUGUCCUGUUUUGUGACGCUCUAUCGAAUAUAUACAUUCAUUUUUCGCCAUUUCGUCACUUCGUUAUCGCAAGAUCCUAGCCUCAAUCAACCACUUAACCGUCUUGCGGAAACCCGUUCUUAUCGCGGACUUCGCCUCGCCCAACUGCAUAAAGUAUGUUUCUGCUCUCACGGCGAGUUGAUUAAAAGUGCAGCCCUUCUGCUCCUUGAAUCACUUGGGGAAACGGAAGACCUCCUGGAGAUUCCUGUCGACGCACGAGCCACGACAGUGCGGGGCGGCUCAUCGACAGCAUCUCCAAACUCGACACGAGGCACUCAAAAUAGUGGUGAAAGCUUAACUACAGAGCAGGGAUCGCCUUUUAUGGCGAAGAGCGAAGUCUUUUAUCACGCCGUUGGAUUGCAUGCAAAGGAUUUACAGAGGCAAGUUGAGCAACUCAUGGACAUGUUCAAAAGGAUGUCAGUGCGAGCGAGGGAGCACUGCAGGGCUCUCUAA